AUGCAGCCUGAGCUGAUUGGCAGUGAUCUCGAUGUCAGCAAGGACGAGGUGCUGUCUCUGGAGGCCAGACUUGACGAUAUGUCGCUGGAGCGUUGCCUCAUGAUCAUUCGGCACGUCAAGGAAAUCCACAAGUACGAUCAGAACUUCCCCGGCUCCGCCCUCGCCCGGAUCAACGAGUUCCUCGGCAACCCAGACAUCAUCGACCGCCCAGAGAAGUACGAGGACAUCAUCAACGAGAUGAAGAUGGAGGCGCUCCUCUCGACCGAGAACUCGCCGUACGCAGAGGUCCGCGCCAACGUCGACAACACGGACAAUCCUUCCAUGCCCUCCCUCACCAUUCGGGUAUGGGUCAUCGGGUGCAUCUUCAGCGCUGCCGGAUCCUUCAUCGACUCCUUCUUCCUCAUGCGCAACCCACCCGUCUACAUUGGUGCCAACGUCGCCCAGCUCUUGGCCUACCCCUGCGGCAAAUUCAUGGCUCGUGUCCUUCCCGACAAGCGGUUCAAGCUCUUCGGUCGCGAGCACAGUCUCAGCCCCGGCCCCUUCAACCGCAAGGAGCACAUGCUCAUCACCAUCAUGGCCUCGGUCUCUUUCGGUGCUUCGUACACCACCUACAUCGUACCCACCCAGGCCAUGCCUUUCUGGUUCAAUGAGGCGUACGCUCGCAACUUCGGCUACCAGAUCCUCAACUCCAUUGGUAUCAACUUUGUGGGGUACGGUUUAGCUGGUCUCACAAGACGAUUCUUGGUCUACCCCGCUGCGGCAGUCUGGCCGGCGUCCCUGUCCACCAUGGCGCUGAACAAGGCGUUCCACACCGAGGUCAACGAGCCCGUCAAAGGUCCCUUCGGCAAGAUCUACACCAUGUCCAGGCAGCGCCUCUUCCUCUGCGCCUUCCUCGCCAUGUUUGCCUACUUCUUCUUCCCUGGCUUUAUCUUCCAGGCCUUGUCCUACUUCGACUGGAUGAGCUGGAUCUCCCCGGACAACAUCGCGCUCUCGGCCAUCACCUCCACCUACGGUGGUCUCGGUCUCAACCCCAUUCCCUCCUUUGACUGGAACAUCAUGUCGGUCUGGCUGGUGCCCCUUACCAUCCCGACCUUCUCCAUCAUGAACCAAUUUGUCGGUCUUUUGGUGGUCGUCCCUCUCACUGCUGGUAUCUGGUUCAGCAAUGCCUGGAACACCGGUUACCUGCCCAUCAACGACAACCACACCUGGAACAACAUGGGCGGCCGGUUCAACGUGACCAAGAUUCUCACCAACUCGCGGCUCGACGACGCCAAGUACCAAAAGUAUUCACAGCCAUGGGUCUCGGCCGGCUACAUCACCGCCUUCUCGUCCUACUUUGCUCUGUACGGCGCGACCGUAUCCUACGUCAUCCUCUACCAUCGUCAGCAGGUCGCCGGCGCGGCCAAGCAGGUCUGGAAGAGCGUUCUCGUCACCCUUCGCCUCCGUCGGCAGGAGGAGGACGAGGACGAAUUCGCCGAGGACAUCCACUACAAGCUCAUGAAGGCCAACUACAAGGACGUCCCCGAGUGGAUGUACGGUAUCAUCCUCCUCGUCUCGAUGGUCAUCGGCAUGAUCGGUAUCGGCAUCUACCCUACCGACACCUCACCGGUCGUCGUCAUCUUCGGUAUUAUCAUGCCUCUUAUCGCCCUCGUCCCCGUCGGUCUCGUGCAAUCGGUCACCGGUAUCCAGGUCGCCCUCAACGUGCUCGCCGAGUUCAUCGGCGGUUCCUUCGUCGAGGGCAAUGCCAACGGCUUGAUCUGGUUCAAAACCUACGGUUACAUCUCGUGCUACCAAGCGCUCGCCUUCAUUAACGAUCUUAAGCUCGCCCACUACACCAAGAUCCCCCCCUACUACACCUUCGUCUGCCAAAUCGUCGCCACGCUCAUCUUCACCUUUGUCAGCGCUGGUAUUCUCAACUUCCAGAUGUCGUUCAAGGACGUUUGCACCAAAAACGCUGCUUUCGGUUUCACCUGCCCCGGUCACAACACCUUCUUCACCUCGGCCGUCUUCUGGGGUACUCUCAGCCCCAAGCGACUGUUCGGUCCUGGCAGGAGGUACAACUUGAUGCUUCUUGGCUUCCCCGUCGGCAUCAUGCUUCCAAUCAUCCACUGGGCGCUGCGUCGCCGCUUCCCGAAGGCGGAGUGGCUCCGUCAAGUCCACCCCGUCAUGCUGUGCGCCGGUCCCGCGCUUUGGGGUGCUCCUUACAACUUGGGUUACUUCUUCGGGAACGUCCCGGUAGUCCUGUUCUCUUGGCAGUACCUCCGUCGCAAGUACCCCGGCUUCUGGUCCAAGUACAACUUCGUCGUUGCUGCUGCAUUCCCCGCCGGUAUCGCCAUCUCGGCCGUCGUCAUCUUCUUUGCCCUCCAGCUCCCCAACGGCGGCUUCAGCAUCGAUUGGUGGGGGAACAACGUGGUCGGGGAGGGUGCCAUCGGCGUUCCUCUGUUGGACAUCCCCGAAAUUGGCUACUUCGGCCCGGAACCCAAUACGGGUUCGUUCAUCUAG